GGCCCGGGGCGGUGCGGCGGGGCGGGACGCGGCGGAGCCGGGAGCGGAGAGCGGCGAGCGCGCCUCGGGGAGCGGGAGGCGGCCAUGGGGAAGCUGCUGGCGGUGGCUCUGGUCGGCAUAGCGGCAGCCUUGGCGGCGGAGCGGCUGCUGGCCUUUCGGAACAGACUGAAUGCUUCACGGGAAAUAGCCCCAGUAAGCCUCCCGAACUGCCGGCUCAUUAAAGGGAUCGAAGCUGGUUCAGAAGACAUCGACAUACUUCCCAAUGGCUUGGCUUUCAUCAGCUCCGGCUUGAAAUAUCCAGGAAUAAAGAGCCCUGCACCAGACAAGCCAGGUGAACUAUUUUUGAUGGAUUUGAAUGAAGACAAUCCCAGAGCAGUGGAACUGAGAAUCAGCCGAGGGUUUGAUCUGGCAUCGUUUAACCCUCACGGAAUCAGCACCUAUGUAGACAGAGAUGACACCGUGUACCUCUUUGUUGUGAACCACCCCCAUCAGAAGAGCACAGUAGAAUUGUUUAAAUUUGUAGAAGAUGACAAUUCUCUUCUACACCUGAAAACCAUUCGACACGACCUUCUGACAAGUGUGAAUGAUAUAGUAGCUAUGGGACCAGACAGCUUCUAUGCUACCAAUGACCACUACUUCUCCGACUUCAUCUUGAUGUUCUUGGAGAUGUUCUUGGGUUUAACAUGGUCAAAUGUUGUUUACUACAGCCCAAAAGAAGUUAAAGAAGUAGCAGCUGGGUUUUAUUCAGCCAAUGGAAUUAACAUUUCACCUGACAGAAAGUACAUAUAUGUUGCAGAUGUACUUGAUCAUAAUGUCCAUGUUAUGGAAAAACAUGCUAAUUGGAAUUUAACCCAUGUGAAGACGCUGCAGCUGGACACUCUGGUCGAUAACUUGUCUAUUGACCCUCACACUGGAGACAUCUGGACAGGAUGUCAUCCCAAUGGGAUGAAGCUGUUCUACAACGAUCCCAAAAAUCUGCCUGCCUCUGAGGUCCUGUGCAUCCAGAACAUCCUCUCGGAGGAGCCUGUGGUGACACGCGUCUACGCUGACAACGGCUCUGUGCUGCAGGGAAGCUCGGUGGCGUCCGUCUACAAGGGAAAACUGCUUGUCGGCACAGUCGUCCACAGAGCGCUGUACUGCGAGCUAUAGCUCGUCUCGCGGAGUUCCAUUUUUUGCCAACUCUCCUUUCUUCACCCUUUCAGAGGCUUGAUAUAUUCACAACCUGGCAAUACCGCAGCAAUGAGCAGAACUAGAGUUUACAGAACUGGCCUACCAUCGUAACCAGGGAGAAGUUAACUUCACCAGCCUGCUGUGGUCACUGAGGUGUAAGGAUGCAUGGCUAGAGGUGUGGAAACACCACGCUGCCUGCACAGCAGUUUAAAGGGGGCCAGGCAAGUCAGCAGAAUCAAAAUUGCUUUAGCUCCACAAAUAAAUAUGCAAAAGUAGGCGACAGUUACAUUUGCAGGUGAGCCAAAAGAGAAAGUCUUUCCAGUCAUUUAGCAUGCAGUAUUUGUUUCUUCUUAUGACAUCAAAACCCCAUAUUAGUCUGAUUUAGCAUUGGUCUACAGGAAGUUUAAGUUAAGAAUGAUGAGACAUCCGUAUCUUUUGUUUCAUAUAUAUCAUCACACAAUACACGGGGGAAAAUGCAACACAACUUUAAAGGUCCUACAGAACAGUAACAAAAGUUUCAAACUGUGCUUUACGUCUGUUAUCCAGUGACAUUUCUGCGCGUCCCAACAAGUUACCAUACUUAAUAAAAGGAACCACAUAAAUCUCUUUUAUCACAGAAAGAAGAGCAAAAGUCUUGACAUUGCUUGGUUUGCUUUGUUUUCAUGUGUUGAUCAAAAUGCAUUUUAUGGUUUUAUUUUAAAUUUAAGGAACUAGGAGGUUUUUUAAGUUAGGUUUUUGUUGGUUUUUUUUAGUCCGAGAAUAACAAAGUAACAUUACCACAAAGCAAUAAACCCCCCUGAAUACUUAAAGGACUUAAGUCCAAUUAGUUAUUCUGCAGAAUAAGAAUCUGAUUUAUGAAGAGAUUAACUAGGCACUGUUCUAAGCAGCAAGAAUGAAAAUUCAAUCUAUAAUGCCAAGCAGUCUGCUCAGGUUUCUAAGAAAACGAAGAACAUAAAACAGGGACACCACCUUAGAUUACUAUAUACAACCACUUAAACAUUACUACAAUGUAAACAUAAUUUUAAAAGAAAAUCAUCAUCGAAUGCAUUUAUCAACAUUGUAUUUAAAAUAUUAAAAUUCCAGUUUCUUCCAGAUAACUUUGCUUACUCAAAUAUAAAUUGAUUACCUCCUAAAAGAACAGAAUGCUAGUUUUAUGAGGCUGUUAAACAUUUGUGUAUUUUUUCUCCUACAAAGAGUGCAGAAAGAUUCACUGCAAUUUGGAAUUCUUGUUUGCAGGUGCAUUUUUUGCCAGUGAUGUAUCUCAGGAAAAAUAUCACAAGCCUUUAGAAAUAUCAGGAAGUAUCUUUUACAGCAAUUUCACUUUUAGAUCUGAAUAAAAUAUACAUCAGAAAUUGUAGAAAUUGGAUUUGGAAGGAAAAACAAAGCUAAUGCUAAGGAGAUCUGUUGUGUAAUAAUUUUGAAUGAACUAGGCUCUCUCAGUCGACAGACCUUUUUACAUGUCAAAGAAAUUAUUAGGAUCAAAAGAAAUGUAACUAUAAACGUUGCACCCCAACUGUUUCAAAUCUGAGCUUCAGAGAACUUUACAGACACAAAUCUGAAUGCCAUAAAGUACAGAGCAGAAGAGAAGCGAAGUCAAACUAAACAAAACAUUUUCUUCAAAAGAACUCAAUAUUUGCAUUUUUUAGUCUGGCAGAUUUUUCAGUUCAAGAUUCUAACUCUGCAUCAACAUCUUAAACAAUUUAUGGGUUGGCAUGACUAGAUGAAGAUUGCAACUUCCAGGACGCAUGAAAGGGAAGUGACGUUUUUCUACUAUAAAGGCUGCUAUGUUGCUAGCUUUGACCAUAAAGCAGUAAGCUAAUACCUCUAGCUUCUUGUUGUGGAUAUUUGCCUGUUCUUUUGAAGAAAUACUAAAUAUUUUAAUACCGCUCUGUAGAGGCAGUAACACUGUGCAGUGUGAGCUAUACACUGCUUCUGUCACAGUCAAAACUACACAGCAGGCUUCGCUGAUGGCCUCAUAUACCAGGAAAACAGAAAUCUCUGAAGGAUGUAAUACGACCACUGCUAAGCCAUCAAAACAUUCUACAGCCUAUGCCCAAAAAUCCAGGUUUUGGUGGGGAUAUUCUUUAAACACAUCAAUCAAAACGGUUAAUAUGUGGCAGCUUUGGAUUUAGUAACCGUCACCUCCGUGGCAGAUUUGAUCUUAACAGCAAUGUAGUGAAUUCAAUUUUAACCAGAAUCUCCCAUCUUCCUCUUCUUAAAGUGCACUUCUGUAAAAACUGAAAAUCUUCAGCAGACUCAAGUUUGAUAACUGUUUCCAACAACAGCUUCAUAACAGCACAGCACAAAGCUUAUUCUCCCAAUGCCUAUUGGAGAAUGGAUCUGAAGAUGUGGUGUUUUUCUUGGAAAAAACCCAAACCACAACGAAACAAAAUAAGCCCAGUUUCCUGUUCAAAACACAUGAAAAAGAAAGCGGAGUGUGCUGUAAGAAAGUUGCCUACACACUGGCAGCACAAUGAAAUUUAUACAGAUCUAUACGCUGUGCUCUAGUUAGAAAUUCAUCCUUGCUCAGAUAUCUAAAGGAUAAAUGUUAUCCUCAGAUUUCUGUGUAAACCCACAUAAUCAUUUAAGGCUUUGCCUCCUUCCUGGAUUAACUAUUGUACAGUUAACAGAAAGAGUUUCACCUCCUGUCUUUUACUCAGGGGGAAUAUCGACUCUCCUGUCUUUAUCUCCAGUGUAUAAUAAGAAGUCACGGAACAGUUGUGUUUCCACAGCAGUGUCGCUUCAAGGUACUGACGCAAGAUGAAACAGUCCAGUAGACAGAACUGAGUAUCCAAACACUGUAAAGAAGCUGACCUUCCAGUUAGAAAGUUAAGUCAACUCUUACCAGACUGAGCACAACUCCUUUUACCCAGCUGAAGAAACGUUCACCAAUCAUUUUGACUGGCCAUCCUAUUCAGAAGAGGUGAAGCAGUGGACCAUGUUCCUCGGCAUCAUGCUGGUUACUGAAGUGACCAAACACAGAGAGCUCAAUAGAGAAGAGUAGUUUGGAAGGAAACACUGCCACACAAAUAUGGAAUCUGUUAGCUGUCAACAACAACAAAACAAACCGAGGGGCUGGGGUUGUUUCACAUGGCAACAGCAACGAGCGUGAACUGGAUAUGCGGGAAAAUAAAACUACACGAUAUAAAUUUCCCUAUGUCAUUCUAUGUAUAGCCCCAUUUCUCUGUACACACUCUUGUGUAAUGAAUACAAGAAAGCUGAAGGGGCACCAGAGUGGAUAUGAGUUUCUCUUCCCUUGAAGUGCCUCCACUUUCCUAACAGAGCAGCACUUCUGCUUAUGACUGCUCAUUAGUGCCCUCUGUUGCAUCUGAUGAAGACUUGUCUGUUUUCUUCAGUUUCCUCUGCAGUUGCUCUUGUUCCUUCUUCCGAAGCUUUUCCCUUUGCUUUUCCAUUUUCUCUUGAGCCUUGCGAGCUUUCUCCAAGGAUGCUUUCAUUUCCUUUAGCUUUUUUUUAAUGAUUGCUCUGUCCUGGGAAGAUGUCAUACCAAGAGCCUGAGGUGGGGAAAACAAAAUUAAAAAACAAAAAUAAUUUCA